AGUCUGGCGCGAUAAUUUAGGCGCCACUUUUCGAAGUCGUUUGUUUUCCUUGCCAAAUUUUGAAGAACGUUUUCACAAAAAAAGACUUAUUUACCUACUAAAAAAUGCCUCUUACUUGCGAAACURUACGCAAUGUCUUUGAAGAGGCACAACGUGGAUUCCAGCAUCACGCUAAGCUUAUAAGAGCUCUAAAAAGGAUCCAAGAUGGCUUCUCUUCUCAAGAGAAAUUUAUGGAGGCUUUUAUCGAUCAUUUGAGACAUGCCAUGAUUGUCUUCAAAAGAGAACCAGCAGUCGAAAGGAUAAUAGAGUUUGUUGCCAAGUAUUCAACUUCCAAUGUGCAUUACGAGGCACCAAGUCAAAAGAAUGGAAACCUAAGCGAUGGUGAAGAUGCACCCAUGGACAAUCCAUUCCUUCAAACCCUAAUUGUAUUUAUCUUGGACUGCCAUGAUGCCAAGGACAAAGCARUACGCUUUCGAUCCUGUCAGUUAAUCCACAAGAUCCUCAGCAACAUGGAUGACGAGGCAUGCAUUGAUGAUGACAUGGCUGACUCUAUUCUGAAGCACAUGCUGAAAAGACUUACUGAUAAGAUACCACCCAUCAGGGUCCAAGCUGUUUAUGCSUUGUCAAGGCUGCAAGAUCCCACAGACAGUGAAUGCCCCGUCAUGACUUCUUACUUACAGAUGAUAGCCACUGAUUCUAGUGCAGAUGUUAGGAAAGCCGUUCUACUUAAUUUAGCACUGAGYCGAAAAAGUCUCAGUGAAAUUAUUGUGAGAACCCAUGAUGUUACAGAGUCAGUGCGUAAGAUAGCCUUUCGCAUCCUUGCUGAAAAGGUCAAAAUCCAGUCRCUAAGCAUUGCAUUAAGAGUACAGUUACUUCAAGAUGGUCUGAAUGACAGGUCUGCAGCGAUUCAAGAUGUUUGUGCAAAAAGCCUUUUACAAGGAUCAUGGCUGAAAUCUUUCCAAGGAAAUGUGAUUGAUCUUCUUAAGUCUCUUGAUGUUGAGAAUUCAGCAGAUACUGCAGAGAAAGCAGUUAAAGUCAUUCUCAAAGGAAUGCCUAAGGAAGAUCUUCACAAUCAAAUCAAGAUUCUUCAAUCUGACCUGUCUGGACCUGUCAGUAUUCCUUAUGACUCUUUAGACUGUGAAACUGCCUUCUACUGGAGAUGCCUAGGACAGCAUAUUAAGUCCUUAGGGGUGGAGGGAGAGGAUCUUUUAGACCUGCUGCUACCUGAAGUGUCUGGGUUUUGCAAAUAUAUACAAGGGUAUCUUGCAUCCAUCAAGGUGAGUCUGAUGCAGUUGAAUGAUGAACUUGAGAACUGUAUUUCUGCACAAGACUUUGCAAAAGCAGCUGAACUUAAACAGGAAAUAACUGAGCAAGAGAAUGAACGCAGUGCUAUCAAUGAGAGCUCCACAUCAACCUCCMUGGCUGAUGACCCAGUUACGUUACUGAAAUGCCUGACAAUAGCAUCAGAGAUGUUGCAGUCUGUAACCAGGAAUGGACUCAACCCUACACUGAUGACACUUGUUGAUACUCUGGUAUGUUAUCACAAAUCUAACAGUGUUGUUCAGCUCCACWACAAAAAGAAAAAAAAUGAACAUUUUAUUUAUUACCUAGAAGAGAGGCUAUGUAUCCUGAUGACUGUAUUUGAUUUGCUUCUUAAGUUUGGUCUUGAAGCUUUCAAACUGAACCCAACUAAAGACCUACUCAACAAGGACCAGAACGAAGCAGAGCAAUCUACUGAUAGUCCAGACGAUGAAGAAGAGACAAAUGAGAACGCAGGGGACAACAACAAUGCGCCUGAUACAACUGCCAUGAGUGUGCUGAACAUUUUAACAGGACUAUUGGAAAGUGAGUGCAAUGACAUCAGAGAUGUUGCUGCUGAAGGACUGGCCAAAYUGUUGCUGUCAGGGAGAGUGUUAAGUGCAAAGUUGUUGUCUCGGCUUGUUCUUUURUGGUACAAUCCAACUACUGAAGAAGAUGGUCAUUUAAGGCACUGUAUUGGAGUCUUUCUUCCUGUGUUUUCUUUUGCUUCAAGGACAAAUCAAGAGCUAGUAGAAGAAGCCUUUCUUCCCAUYCUUAAAACGCUGUUUAGUGCUCCUGCGUCCUCACCUCUUGCUUCAAUAAACAGCAACAAUGUAGCCGAACUAUUGAUCGAACUCACAAAUAGCAAGCAUUUGAAUAAUCAAUCUGCGACUGCCACCACAGAGGGAUGCAGUCAUGUUGCAUUAGCAUUAAAAGUAGCCAAUGAGAUCCUGACCGACCCGAAGGCACCUGGUACCCGUGUGUUGUGUAAGGUACUUACACUAUUAGACCUAGAGGGCUGUGACCAGACAAGUGUUGGUGAUCUCAAAGUACUCGCUKACCAAUUAUUCCAGGCUGUAGAGGACAGCGCGUGUACAAARCUGAUUGACAAGUUUCAAAAGACACUUGAUCAAAUGGACACCACAAAUCAAGGUGAACGGCAAGAAGUCCAGGAAGAAACAAGCCAGGAAGACAAAACCAAUGAAGCUACUGUUGAUGAGUGUAGUGCCGCUUCCUCAUCAUCCAUUCAUAAUCAGGAAGAGUCAUGUAACGAUGAAGCUAAAGAUACCAGUGAUAAUAAUACAGUAACUGAUGAACAAAGCCAGUCAGACAGGCUCAAAGACCAUAGCAACACUCUUGAUAUAGAAGAACCUCAUGAGAGAGUAGUUUCACAAGAGACACUGUCAGCUAAAACACCAAAAGCCAAAGCUACAAGAACGAAAAAGGCAAAUACUGCUUACAAACUGGCUGCAAGAGUUUCAACUGCAAAGAAAUCUCGAACAAAAAGAAACGCCAAAAGUAUCUCUGCAGUUGUCGCCAAACUGGAUCUGUCUGAUUCUGAAAUAUCGGACAAAGAAAAUACUGUUUUCUAAGAACAAUAUCAGAACUCUAGCUAACACAAAUCUAAGAACAAUAUCAGAACUCUAGCUAACACAAAUACAAUGUACUCGUAGGGAUAGAUCAAUAGAUUCUUCCAAUGGAGCAAAAGUCUGUUGUAAAUUUGUACUUCGAUACAAAGCUCUCUGGCUUAGCAAGAGUCCUUUGGCCAAGCAAGAAGUCCAUCAUGUGUUGAGUUGUUCCCUUAAUCUGAAUCUGCAAAUAUUUCUUUGUAAAGAGCCGCGUUUACACGAGUAAUUUUCCUUGAGAAGUAUCCUUAACAAGCUUCCUUGCUAGUAUAUAGACGAGUGACAAGCUUUCCUAGAUAAUCUUAGGUUAUUCGCUUAAUGCCUCUCAAUGCUAUUCAUUUUGAUUCAACGUUUUUCUUGUUGUCUGUCUCAACGAGCAAAUUUUAUCCUUGUCRAAAUUCCUUUCUCAAGAAAAUGUCAAAAUGCUGGCUUUCAUUGACAWGUAAAAGUGUUCAUUUUACUCAAUUUACACAAACAAUUUUCACUCGUCAAGGAAAACGUUUCAAGGAGAAAUCGCUCUUGURAACGUAAAAUGUCAUAACUUUGCGGAGCUGUUUAUAAGUUAAUUAAAAUGUGAUCAUCGUAAAGAUU